CGCGCGCCGGCGCCCCGGCCCGCGUGGCCGCCCCGCCGGGCCCCUGUGUCGGGCGCUCCGCCUCUCCCGGCCGGCGGCGGCCAUGGCGGCCAGGCAGAUCCCAGCGUCCGCGCUCGCCGCCCUCGGUAGGCUACCCCAAGCUUCCCGGCCACCUCGACUUCUCCCGGUCGUAGGAGGGUUCCCGCAGCACCUCGGCUUAACCCUCUCCUCCGCCGCUGAGGAAGACCGCAGAGGCUCUGGGCCCCGCUUGCAAGGCGGGCUGAAGGGAGACGGCAGGCGUCCGGAGAGCGAAGGGUUAACAGCGGCCGAGCGGCGGAUCGUGGACCUGCACGCCGCCGCCUGCGCGACUGGCCAGUUAAACUACGUGGAUCCAGCUACUGGCUAUACUGUGCUCACACGGCUCGCCCACUUGCAGAGAGGUAAAUGCUGUGGCUCUGCCUGCAGACACUGUCCAUAUGGUCAAGUCAAUGUUAAAGAUCCAUCUAAAAGGAAGAAAUUCAAUUCAUAUUUUUAUGUUUGACAACAAUUUCAUCUCUGUUCUCCAUCUAAUGGAGCCUGUAUUAAAAAAAAAAAAAAAACCCUAACCCAGAAUUUCUGUCUGUGUUGUUAGUCCUUGAACACUAGUUUAAUUAUAAGUACAUAUAUUAAAAGAACAUCAAUAAAAUGAAAAA